GGAACGCGCUGCCCCUCGCUGGCCGACGUGUUGGAGGGGCUGCAGGACGUGGAACGCUGCUACCGGCGCCUGUACUUGGAGAGCAAACUGCUCCUGCAGCGCCUCAGCUUGGACAACCUGGCAGAUGUGGAAGCUCUCCCGCAGUCCUGGGAGAGGAUUUUGGAGCGCCACAGAGAAAACGGCGUUGUUAAAGAUACACUCCUGAAGGUCUCACUGUUUGUGGAGAACCAUCGGGAGGUGAGCUGCUCCCCUGGCUCCUGACAGGGCAGCAGGGACUGGCACUGCCCAGCUUCUGGUGUGGUCUGUGAUGCUGCAAAGGGGAUGAGGAAUUGAGGGAGAUCUCCUGGUGCUUUUUGGAAGCUGAAUGAGUUGAGUCUUGGCCUCAGCAUGAAAUGCUCAAACUGUGCCAUUUUCAAGUGGAAAUGGCCUUGGUCUCCGAAGAAGAGGCUGAGCUGGAAAAGCCAUGAGGAUGGAAGGGAGUCACCUCCAGCUGUGGAAUUUGUCCUUUCCUUCUCCUGAUGUGGAUGGUUUGUAUCAUGGAAAAAAUGUUGGUGCUUACUUACAUGAGGUGCUGCAGAUGUGUAACAGAGUCCUUCAGGCUGGUGCCAUAAAAGGUGUUUGGGCUCUGUCCUUAGAAAUAAAGUAAAUAUGUCCGGUUAGGGCACCUCAUGGCCUUUGAGCAGCGUGUUUGCAUUCAUCCCACCUGGGCACGGAGGAGGAAUGAAGCAAAUCUGCCUUGAAAAUGUAAUUAUGGAGGUGCACAGGUGCCUGAGUUCUGACACAGGCAGUUUUCAAGGGUCUUGCAGCACACUGCUCUCUUAACAAUGAAAUCAGUCUUAAAAUAUCACUGUGGUAGGCACUGCUGACAGUUCUGGGACACCUUUUGUUGGCCAUGGCACUGAUCCUCUGAACAGUUCUGGGAAGCAGUGGGAUGUUUGUCUCCAAAUUAUGUAUUUGGUAAGGAGCUGCAGCUUCUCAGGGAAAGCCAAUAAAGAGUUGCAUUGGACAGAUUGUGGGUGUGUCUGUGCUCACAUUUCUGUGUCCCCAACCUGGCGCAUCCCCACGGCCACCUGAGGGCACUGCAUGAUCCACAAACAGCCCUGCUGGGGGGUGCCAAGGGUGGGAAAGUGCUGCCUUGGGCUGGGGCUGCCAGUGCUCCCAUCAGGAUCAGGGCCUUCAUGAGUUCUAAUUGCAGCUCCUCACACACACUUCUAAUUGCAAAGAAAACCCGCUCUUGGCAGUGGGUGGAGGUGAGGUGGGUUCUGCUCCUGGCAGGGCUCAGUGGCUGUGCAGCCCUGUGCUCCUUACACAGGGUUUGGAGCAUAGCUGAUGGCUCAGGGUCAGUCAGGGGUGUCAUCCUUGCUCAGGCCUUGCUGUAUCAUUGUCACAAACCGUGGUGAGCUUGGAUGCAGAAUUGCCUUUGCAUGUGUGUACACUAUCCAACCCUUCAACACCCCUCUUCUGUCAGCCUCUCUUCAGGACAGCUGCACAAUGAACAAAUGGAUUUAAAUUCUGGAAGAUGUUCAGCACAGUUCAGUGGUGGCCCUUCUGCUUUUCCCAGAUGUUUGGGCCCUGAUGUCUGUCUUUGUGCUAACAACAGCCUUGCUAAAAGUGCUGAGGGAGCUUUCUGCAUUGAAAGUGGCCAUGCCCCGACUCUGACUGACUGAAAUGGGGUGAAGGAGGUACUCAUUGAAGUUUUGGUGUGAUUAAUUUCUCUGUGUUGUUUCUGGUUGACGGGCCAUGUCAUCAGUUGCAUUUGUCUGCAUCAUUCUGCAGGGUGCAGUGAGUCUCUGCAUCAGAGUACUCUAAUUGGGAUCAGCUGUGGGCUUGUUCUAUUCCAGAUCUGGGUGUUCUGUCAGGAUGGCUGCCAGGGACCCCGUUGCUAAUGAGGACACAGUUCCCCGUGUGUGCAGAACUCCCUUCAGCUGGCAUUUGCCCAGGAGUCACUGGGGGUUUGAGUUUGAACAGAGUCAGGGUGAGCAUUCAGCCUUUCAGUGCCAUGUGUUGGCAGGCAGGUGGAAAGGCCACUCCUGCUCCUCUCUGCCUGGCAGAGAGGCUGAGUCAGACUCCUGCUCACAGCACAGGGAUGUCUCGGUGCCAGAUUUCAGCACCUUCCUGAGGACCAGGACAGGAGGGAGGUGAGUGAGAGCAGCAGCUGCUGCUCCAGCUGCCUGGGGAACCAAAUGCAGAGUCAGGGUGAUGCCUUUUCCUUGGUCCUAAAUUUGGGAGCCAGAUGCAGUUAAGGGGUAAAAGAUUUUUAUUUUGGUAUUUAAGAGGGAUCCUUAUGGUGCAAGACUUCAUCAAGGUGGAGUGUGCUGAAAUGUUCACCCAAUAGAUUGUGUAUACAAUAGAUUUGGAAAAUUGAUAUAUCUAAUAAAGAUGCUUCAAUGAGAGGCUUGAAUGAGCAGUGUGAUAUUUUCUCAUCUCAAAGUAUUCCCUCUUGGAUGGGCUUAAUCUUAGUGUAUAGGAUGUAUUUUAGAGGGGCUUUGGUUUUUCAAGGUAUAAUGGGGCUUUCCAGCUUUCAGCUGCAAGGCCUUUAGGAUGUUUGGUUUUCUGGCUUAACAGAAUGCCAGGAUUGUGUUAAGUUAUCAGACUUAAGGAAUUACAAGUAUGUAUGCUAAGAGCACUCAGAAUGCAUAAAAGGUAUAUUAAAAAAAGGCAAAAAAUCGUCAUGGCAUCAAGAGACUCCAACCUGUGCUGUACCUUAGUGGGGCAGUGGGUAAGGCAGAACUAAAGGCUCUGAGACCAAGUGGUAAAAUAUAUGUAACCAUAAAAAUAAAUCCAAGUACCUUUAUUUCUGGAGUACAGCUCUUAAAGUGUUCUUGCAUGGAGAUAUGUCUUUGAGGAAUGCAAUAAAAUGCAGUUAGCAGCUGGAGCUCCCUUGUUAAAGGAAAAUUAUCAGGAAACCCAGAUCUCACACUUUGAUUUUCAGCUUUACCUCCUGCUAGCUCCAUUGGAAAACACUUAUUCUUCACUUACAGGAAAAGCACAAACUAAAUUCAGUUAAUAAAUUCAAAUUCCCACAAGCAUUUAUAAGGAGCACCUGACUUGUAUAUGGUUGUUUUGUUUCCUCCCACAGGGGUGGGUGCUGUCUUCUGGUGCAGCAAGGCCUUUGCAGUUCUGCUUAGAAAUGGGGACCUGCUGUUGGAAACAUGAGACUUCCAAAACAAACCCAAAAGCUUUGCUUCAGCCUAAGCUCAUGGAUUUGAAACAGAUUUCAAAACUGUGUGUAUUACAAAAGUCCACAGUUAUGGAAAAGACAAAGGGUUUGGCACCUGAACUGAAGUGUAAAGUGACU